AUGGUGUGCUCUGCGGUCGGUGGCGGUGUCACGCACGUGGGGAUGUCCAUCAGGCCACACAUAUACCAGCUACCACGCCGCAGCCACAGAGCGCUCCAGCCGCCGCCGCACCUCCUCCGCGCCCACGUUGCGCCCGACGAGCGUGCGGGCGUCCGCGAGGUAGCGGUCGAUGGCGUCCUGGGCAUGGUGUCGUCGGGACGGCGAGGUGGUGCGUCUUUGUGGAACGAUGGCGACGAACGAGGCGUAUAUUCCAAAGUAGUCGUGCUGCAGCCUGUUAUGUAUCUAAAAAGUCUGGAUGCCCGAGCGAAGAUCCGGGCCGUACCUGCCAAGUAUGGCAAGACCAUUUCCCGACUAGGUUAUGUCGGUCUCGUUCAUGCACUGUCCCUACUCCCGGAAUUCGGCCAUACUGACCCUUACAAUAUGUAUCGACCCACCCCUUCCUCCUACGCCGACGCAACCGUGUAUAUGCCCUCCUCCUUGCCUACCCGAGUCUCCCAUCGCCUGGUUUUACUCGGGUUUUCAUUCUGGGUCGUGAUAGUGUUCCGUCUCCUGGCGCGUGUACACUUACACCCUGAGGCCGCGUACGCGAGCUCGCGCUCCGAGUCGUAA